GACUCGAUCCGAACGAACCAAACGACACCUCGCCAAAAGAGGGAAAGCGCCACCGCGACGCUCCUCCCGCGGCGAUAGAGGGUGGGGGGAACGAUGAUGGGGUCGCUAAACCUAACCCUCGCCGCGAUCUCGUGGUCGCUUCUCCUCCUCCUCUCACCAUCGGUGGCCACCUCCGCCGCCGCCGCCGCCGCCGCGAAGGCGGCGGCGCCGCCGGAGUCGAGGCCGGAGUGGGAAACCCUCACCAAGAGGAACUACUCUUCCCAGAUCCGUCUCCAUCCCAACGUCCUCCUCAUGGUCACCGUCCCCUGGUCUGGAGAGUCACGUUCCCUAAUGGACGAAAUAAAGCAUCUAGUCGCUAUUAAUGGGCUGGAGUUCGGUCCUCUAAAGUUGAUGAUUGUUUAUAGAAAUUCUGAGAAGAUGCUAGCAGAUGUUCUUGGUGCUGCUGAGGGAAUAAGUCUGUUUUACUAUCAUCAUUCUACUUCAUACAAGUAUGGCGGGAGGCUCCGUGCACAAAAUAUAUUAUCUUCCGUGUAUCAUAUUAUGUCACUUAAACAUGAUGAAAUCCCUUUGAAGCCCCUGCGUACUCGGGAAGAGCUUGAGAAUUUUCUCCAGUCAACCGAUAAAUCUGUACUUCUGCUGGAUUUCUGCGGGUGGACUGCCAAAUUGAUGCAGAAAAGUAAAGAUGGAGCAUAUGAGAGUUCCUCAGCAUCAAACAAUAAGUCGUUAAAUGCUUACAUCACUGGAGAAGUCAACAUGGAAUCAGAUGGGAGACCAGAAGUCAGCAUUGACGAGAAGGUGGCAAGAAAUCCUGGUUAUGAAUUUAUUUGGGAUCAAAAACAGGUUGUGGAAAAUGAAGAACUAAAUUUUGGGGCUGAAGCUCAGGUAAUUGGUUCUCCCUGGGAGGGUGGAUUUGCUUUGGCAAAUCAAAGUGUCUCACAGCAAAUUGAGAAUAGAGAGGCCGAUACUGGAAUGACAUGUAUGAUGGAAGAGUUUAAGUUGUUUGAGUCUUUCUAUACAAAGUUUGUAGCUCUUGCAAGAGAAUAUUUUUUGCCCCCUGAGAGGCAGAGAUAUGGUUUGGUGUCUGAAAGAUCAUUGUUACCUUUAUUGGGCAUCGACAGCCAAGAGAUGUGGCUACUUAUGGUACAUUUUUCAGGAUGCCCCAACUGUUCAAUCAUAGUUAAAGAAGGAGACCAGAUUAGAACUGUCUUGCAAAGUCAUCAUCCUCUCGUCAAGGAGCUUGAGGUUGAUGGGCACAACAUUGAUGCUACUUUUCCGGCAAACAGGCCUUCAAUAGUUCUAUUUGUUGAUAGGUCAUCAGAAUCAUCUAUAGUAAGAGGAGAAAGCAAGUUAUCUCUUGAGGUUCUCAGAAAGUUUGCACGGCAAAAUCAGCUAUCUUACCGAAUGUUUGAAGGACUACACAACAAUAGCUCUGAGAUUCCUCUUCGAGCUCCUCGUGGAAGUAGUAGUAAAAGUAAGACCGGAUUGGAUUCUCUUGUCCCUAAGAUAAUGAAAAUAAGGGAUAAUAUGGCUGUAAUGGUUGUUGAUAAUGGUGAAAGAAUUUCAGUAAAAAACAGCGACAAUGAUCACCAAGGCAAUACUUUGUUUGAUAUUGUGGCACAAUUGCUUCAGCAAACAAAAUCUGCACAUACAGAAAAGCAGACCAGAAUUAGUUUACUAGCAAAGGAAGUUGGCUUUCAGCUGUUAUCCGAAGAUUUUGAAGUUCGGGUGGUGGAUUCCUUGCGAGCUUAUGAGGGAAAUGGUGAGUCAGAGGUUGUGAUCGAGGGUGCAGUUACCAGUUUAAAGGAUCAAACUCCUGCAAUUCUUGGCGAGAAUUUUGAUAACAAUAUGAGUACAACGGAUAGUGAUAAAAAAGACACCAUCGAUAAAACUCAAGAUACGGAAACUGAUUUAAUUUCUAAUAUUCUCUACGAAACUUCCGCUGGCUUUAUUCGUAUGAAAGAUAAUGAUCUUUUCGAUGCAACUGACAAAACUGGAGUGGUAGAGGACAAAAAAUCUGAUGUUAAAGAUCUGGAAGAUAAUCCUCAUCAAAUUCAAGAAGUCCCUGGUAAUGACGACAAACUUGCAGAUACAGUAGGUAAUGAGGUAAGGGAAAUUGAGAUAAGUGAUUUCGAGAGCACAAAAGCUAAUGAGUUUCAACUUGGGGAAGAACUGCAUAAUUUUGAGGAAGACAUUAAAGAGCAUCAUGUUGGCAGUGUGGAGGGCAACCUAGAUACACCCAAGGAAGCUGCAGUAAAUUCGAUCUCUACUUCCCCAAGUUUUUCUGAUGAGGGCUUAGAAGAAUUUAGAUCUACAUUAGUGAGAAAUUUGGAUGGGCUGAAUAAUGAGUUUGGACCUUUUCUAGGUUCUGUUUUUGUGAUUGAUGCUGGGUAUCGGCUGCUGAGAUCUCUAACUGCUCGAUCUAGUGUUCCUUCUCUGGUAAUACUUGAUCCAAUUUUUCAAGAGCAUUAUGUUUUUCCUGAGGAAACAGAAAUCAGCUACUCUUCGGUAGUUAAUUUUGUAGACAAAUUUCUGAACCGAAGUCUCUCUCCGUAUCAACGUUCCGCUUCAUCUAUUACAACUACAAAGGAAUUCCCAAGGCCACCAUUUGUAAAUCUGGAUUUCCAUGAGGCCUAUGCUGUACCUCGAGUGACGGCAAACACAUUUUGUGAACUAGUUAUUGGAAUUAGAGCCUGCAAAUUUGAAAAAGGAGUAUCUUCAGACUCUGAAAAUUUUACAUCUGCUUGGACGAAUGAUAUUUUGGUGCUUUUCAGCAAUUCUUGGUGCGGAUUUUGCCAGCGCAUGGAGCUUGUUGUGCGUGAAGUAUACCGGGCUUUUAAGAACUAUAUGACCGUGUCCGCCGUUCAUGCAAAGAACAUUGAUCCUUUGCAUUUUGAAGAUAAUAGUGGAGAAUCUCUCCUAAGUAGUCCACCAAUUGUAUACUUGAUGGAUUGCACACUGAAUGACUGUUCUUCAUUCUUAAGGCCUAUGGGGAAGGAACUUUACCCAACAUUAGUGCUUUAUCCAGCAGAGAAUAAAACUGGCAUUUUUUACGAAGGUGACAUGUCAGUCAUCAACAUUAUGGAAUUCUUGGAAUCUCAUGGAAGCAAUUCUCACUAUCUGACUAAGCAUAAAGGAUUCUUGUGGACUCAUGCUAGAGAACAAAAUGAGGAAAGAUCAAAUUUACAUGAUGCAUCUUUGACAGUGCAAGCGCUCGAUUACAGUGAAGCUGGUAUAGCAGUCGGACAGGAUAGCAGUCGCUUGCAUUAUGAGAGAGAACCUAUUGUUGUGGGCUCCAUCCUUACUGCCACCGAUAAGCUUGUGAAUGCCGUCCCAUUCGACAACUCAACAAUCCUCAUUGUAUCAGCUGACCCACAAGAUGGCUUUCAAGGCUUGAUCAUCAAUAAGCCUUUAAAAUGGGACAUAUUUAAGGAUCAAUUCAAUGAGAUAGCACCUCUAAAGCAAGCACCCCUUUUCUAUGGAGGCCCUGUCACUCUCCAAAGCUUUCCUCUUGUUAGUAUGGCCCGAAAAGCUUUCGAGGGGUAUGUGGAUGUAAUACAGGGAGUUUAUUUCGGCAAUCCGGUGGCUACGAGCUCGGUAAUAAGACAGAUAAAGUUGGGAGAUCGAUCUGUUGAUGAUUUCUGGUUUUUUCUAGGUUACUCUGGUUGGGCAUACGACCAACUGUUUGAUGAGUUGAAUGGAGGAUCGUGGCAUUUAAGCGACCAUCCGAUCGAACACUUAGAUUGGCCGGAAAGCUGAAGUGUAUUUACUCUGUCAUGUUUGUAGACACUUGACAAAUUUAAGCAGUGAGGGAAUUGUAAGUUUGAAACUCGUGCUAGAUGAGAGGUUAGAGUUUGUAUUAAUAUUGUCAAUUUUGUUGUUUAACCAUUCUCCUUUUGCUUGAGAAGUGUACUAUCUAAUUAUGCUCUCUGGAUUUUCAA